AUGUGGAAAAGAAUAGCCCUUAUCGCCAUAUUGGCGGCAGUGAAUUGUAACCCAGUGGAUCGUAGUAUAGAGGAGAAUUUAGUGGGUGCGGUAUCGGAGUGCAUCGAUACGGAUACGUCACUAUGUUUGAAGGAAAAAGCACUUAAGUAUACAGAAAGACUGGCCAUUACUAAAGACAUUAACCUUUUUGAAGGCAUGACAUUAAUAAACACUGGGUCGGCACGGUCCGCUCGCAGCUAUGAGCAACUUUCUGAAAAUCCAAAAACCAGGGAAUCGCAGAUUGAGGAAAGAAUAGCAAACAACGUUGGAGACUUCCUGGAUAACCACGUACUGCAGUUACGUUUGUCUGACGACAGUGAAGAUUCUACGGAUGUUGAUGAAGAAGGUCGAGGCAAGAAGGGCAGCAAAAAGAAGCUGAAGAAGAUCCUUCCUCUUUUACUUCUUUUGAAGUUGAAACUUGCGGCUUUGGUGCCACUCUUCCUUGGAAUAAUUGCGUUCGCCGCAGUCAAGGCUGUCUUCCUUGGAAAGAUCGCAUUCGCUCUGAGUGCUUUCAGUCUUAUCAGAAAGCUGCUCUCAAAGAACAGUCAUGGAUCAUCGGCAGCCAGUUAUACACCGCACCAUGAAGAACAUUCUGGCUACUCUUAUGAACCAGCCCAAGGAUGGAGUAGAAAUGUCAAUGAUGCCCAAAGCAUGGCAUAUGCCGGACAACUCUCGAAUUAA